AGUCCUUCUCAGGGCGUCUCCACCUCCACUUUGCUGCUCUACUUAAAAACUACAAACUACAAACUACACACUAUGCGACAAACUACACACUGCGCGUGACGACACUGCGCCGAUUGCUUUGAUCGACAGGAGCUUCUUUAAACCCGUCAGCUGAUCCCGGGACUUGGACUUAUACCGACCACAUCCGGUCUGGAUAUGACCUCGGGUGGAGUCUUCCCGCUGUAGGCAGACGGUGGAGGAGCAUCUCACCCUCAGGGACAAUAGUUCAUUACCCAGUCGGGCUCGAACAGACAGGUUGACAGGUGGAGGUGCACCUGGCCGCAGGUCCACAUGGGGAACAGCGCGCUCAAGUCUCACCUGGAGACCUCCCAGAAGACCGGGGUGUUCCAGCUGACAGGAAAAGGACUGCAGGAGUUUCCAGAGGAGCUGCAGAGACUCACCAGUAACCUGAGGACGGUGGACCUGUCCGGGAACAAGAUCGAGGUUCUUCCUGCCGCCAUUGGAAACUUCCUGCAGCUAAAGAGUCUGACGCUCAACUGCAACAAACUGACCAGUGUUCCCAGUGAGAUCGGGAAGCUGAAGAAGCUGGAGACCCUGAGUCUGAAUGGGAACCGGAUCCAGCAGCUGCCCCCCGGUCUGGGCCAGCUCAAAGCCCUGCGGACCCUCAGUCUGGCCGGGAACCAGAUCUCAGAGUUCCCCCCCGGACUGGCGACCCUGAGGCACCUGGAUCUGCUGGACCUGUCCCGAAACCAGAUCCAGAACGUCCCUGAGCAUGUGUCUGAGCUGCAGGCUAUCGAGAUCAACCUCAACCAGAACCAGAUCUCGGUGCUGUCGGCGGAGGUGUCCCGGUGUCCUCGUCUGAAGGUCCUUCGUCUGGAGGAGAACUGUCUGGAGCUGUCCUCCAUCCCUCUGUCCAUCCUCUCCGGCUCCCAGGUGUCUCUGUUCUCUGUGGAGGGAAACCUGUUCGAAGUGAAGAAGCUCCGAGACCUGGAAGGAUACGACAAGUACAUGGAGCGAUUCACAGCCACUAAGAAGAAGUUUACCUGAUGACCCUCUGUGACGAGUCAGUCGGAGAUGUGGUCAGCCCAGACUCCGCCCAACCCCCCCCCCCCGCCCCCACAGCUGCUUCUUCUUCUGCUGCUAAAAACCGGAUGUCACAGCUCAGUACUACUCACAGCGCCCCCCAUCUGCUGGACCACUAGUGAGACCUGCUGCUGCUGCAGGUCUGAGGACAUUUAACAGAACACAGGUAACUAGAGGCUCACCUGGACAACCAGGUAAUGAGAAGCUCACCUGGACAACCAGGUAAUGAGAAGCUCACCUGGACAACCAGGUAACGAGAGGCUCACCUGGACAAACAGAGGAUUUUAACAUUUAACACAAGAGAAGAAGACAAAGUGUAGCUGAUGUUUAACAGUAGAGACUCAGGGACGACGCUGUUCACUCACCUGUUCACUCACCUGUUUGUCUCUUAAACUUUAAGGUUUGAUCAAGAGGACACAGCGUUUCCUUUUCUUUAUGUUGACUGGAACAGCAGCCAAUCAGAUUCACCUGAUUCUGUAUUUCCUGAUUGAUUGAUUGAUUGAUUGAUUGAUUGAUUGAUUGAUUGAUUGAUUGAUUGUUGUGAGGAUUUUUCUGCUUUGAUCAUGGACUGAAUUUCCUAGGAUUUGAUGACGUCUUCUAAACCUUCAGGAAACUAUGUCGGGCCAUUUUUCACUGUUUCUUGAUGUUUUAUAAACCAAACAAUUAACCCAUUAAUCAAUAAUAAAAUAUUAAUUAGUGAAAGUUUGUUUUGUGUAACAGUUUAAAAACCUUAAGACAUUUAAUUUACUGUCACAUAUAAAACAAAAUUCUCCUGUUUGAGGAACUGGAACAAAGGAGUGUUUUACUCAGUCGAUCAAUAGUUGAUUAAUUGUCUGUGGGUCGACUCACCGUUGGAUCUCUAGUAGAAUCUCCAGUAGAGUCUCGGGCUUAUUUGGACAAACAUGAAUGUGAAGACAAAGAUGAAGGUGAAGAUGAAGAUGAAGGUGAAUCCUGAUCAGUGGGAAACAUUAAAGACACUCUUCUCUGAACAUAGUUUUUCUUUUGCUGUUUUUGUUUAUUUAACUAAUGUUUGUUUCUUCUUCUCCUGUGAGCUUUUAUCUUCAUCAGAGACCAGACUGAUCCAGACCGGUCUGAUGAGACGAGUCUUAUCUGUCGUGUCUGAACUCAUCCUGUCAUUAAACUCUCUGCAUGUUUAAA